GGCGCCGGCAGCGCGUACGGCGGCCCCGCGCAGCCCUCCGCCGCGGCGCAGGCGUCCGCACAGCAGAAGUUCCACCUCGUGCCAAGCAUCCACGCUGUGAGUGGCAGCCAGGAGCUGCAGUGGACGGUGCAGCCCCAUUUCCUGGGGCCUGGCAGCUACCCCAGGCCUCUGGCCUACCCCCAGUACAGCCCCCCACAGCCCCGGCCGGGAGUCAUCCGGGCCUUGGGUCCACCUCCAGGGGUGCGUCGCAGGCCCUGUGAACAGGAGACCGACAAAUUGGAGGAUGAGAAAUCCGGGCUGCAGCGAGAGAUUGAAGAGUUACAGAAACAGAAGGAGCGCCUGGAGCUGGUGCUGGAAGCCCACCGACCCAUCUGCAAAAUCCCGGAAGGAGCCAGGGAGAGGGAUGAAGGCGCUACCAGCAGCACCAGCAGCCCACCAGCCCCCUGCUGCCCUGUACCUUGUAUCUCCCUGUCCCCGGGGCCUGUGCUUGAACCCGAGGCAUUGCACACCCCCACACUCAUGACCACACCCUCCCUCACUCCUUUCACCCCCAGUCUGGUCUUCACCUACCCCAGCACCCCUGAGCCCUGCGCUUCAGCUCAUCGCAAGAGUAGCAGCAGCAGUGGAGACCCAUCCUCUGACCCCCUCGGCUCCCCGACCCUCCUCGCUUUGUGAGACACUCCAGCACCAUUCCCUGCAAGUGCCACUCUAGCCAACAUCUCGUCCUCUUCCCCCACUGGCCCAGCUGGCUUGGGCCAUAUCCCAUGCCCAACCCCAGCACAUUCUUCUCCAUUCCUCCAGAUGAGACUGGACAUAUUUUGCUUUGCGGUAGAGCCAACUUGGGGCCACCAAAGCUGCCCACUGUUUCUCUAGAGCUGGCCUCUCUAGCACAAUUUGCACUAAAUCCGAGACAAAAUAUUUCCCAUUUGUGCCUGAGGAUCCUGGCAGCCCAGAGACUUUGUAGAUCCCUGAAGGUCCUCUGGAGCCCUCACACCUUCUAGACCACCCUUACACUCUCCAUCACCCCCUUCUUGUGAUCCACCCAACCCUACUGCCUGACAGAAGGUGCCAUUGAUUGUACCAGCUUAGAACACUAAUUCACCCAGCCCCACUGCCAGCAGCACCAGGUGAUCGGACUAGGCAUUCUGCAGGCCUCUCCUGAACAGCACAGCUUAGGAGGUACCAGCGGCUUGUGAUAAGCUGUCCUGCAAACCCCAGCUGUGAGAAGCCUUCAGCUCCAGAGAAUCCACGUCGCCACAGCAAGGGCAGCUGCUAUUUAUUUUCCUAAAGAGAGUAUUUUUAUACAACCUGCCAAAGUGGAAUAAAAGGCUUGAAGCUCUGGCCGGGGUGUUCCAUUGGCCUCAGGCUAAAGGGAGACCAUUUGGAGCCAGAAGCCCUAGGUUCCGGUCUCAGCUCCACAGACUCACUGCAUGACCUUGGACAAAUUCUUUGGUAUUUUUGGACCUCGGCUGUCCUAUGUGACAAAUUGGGCUACAUCUGCUCUGCCUCAUCUCCAGGAUUGUGAGGAGACUGCACUCGGGUACAAGCGAAGAGGAUUAUCCUUCUCGUGGGAGCCCACAGUGCUCCUGCGUGUGCCACAGGGGGGCGCUGUUAUGCCCUCUUUCAGCCUCAGAAGAGGAGGCCUAGUGGGUUCUAGGCCCCCAACACCUGCUUCCUGCCCCAUUGUCUUGGACAGGAAGGAGCCGGGAAGGGAGCUGGAACCACUACAGGGGCCGGAUUACGACCUCUCCCGGAGCCCAAAGGGGGGUUGGGGGGCUGGGGGAGUCCGUGGUUUACCACGGUGCCGCAUCCCACCCCAGGCUCGAGGUAAUGGGGGAGUCAGUCACCUUAAUUCUCCAG